UUUAUUGUUAGUUGUAUUACUUCUAAACAAUACAUUGGGAUACAAGACCACAAUCUUUCUAAAGAAAAACUCAACUUAAAAUUUUCAAAUUAGCCCUAAUUUUUGCCCCAAAUUGGCAACUUCGAUAGGAUUCAAUCGCACAACAGUUGAAAUCCUAAUUGUUUUUGCUUCAAAUGCCUCCGUUCAAUUCCGCACCGAGGGCUCUGGCGCGUUUUGCAGCCCUCCGGAAUCCAUUGCGGCGGCGCACGAGAGAUUUUCCUAGCUGCAGCCAGAUUCGGCCGUCGAGUAAUAUCGCCGGGAACAAUGCAUUUUCUCCAGUGGAAAACAUGCGUUACGGGAAUUGCGGUUUCCUAGGCUCUGCAAAUUCAUCGCAUAUUAGUAAUUUUGUUCACCAAAAGAGAGGGUUUUUGGGAUGCGGUGAUGGCGAAGAGGGUGGUAUGCUAUCUAAAGUGCACCAUGAAAAGCGUGUUUUGGGAUAUUCACCUGAGCAAUUGUUCAAUGUGGUUGCUGCCGUCGACAUGUAUGAAGAUUUUCUUCCUUGGUGUCAGCGGUCACAGAUUAUUUGCCAGAACCCUGAUGGGAGUUUUGACGCAGAGUUAGAAAUUGGCUUUAAAUUUCUUGUCGAAAGUUAUACAUCGCAUGUGGAGCUAAACAAACCAAAAUCCAUUAAGACGACUUCAUCCCAAACCACUCUUUUUGAACAUUUGAUUAAUGUCUGGGAAUUUUCCCCUGGACCCGUUCCUGGAAGUUGCAGCCUCUAUUUUAUGGUGGACUUCAAGUUUCAGUCACCAUUUUAUCGACAAAUUGCCAAUAUGUUCUUCAAAGAAGUGGUUUCUCGGCUUGUUGGUUCAUUUCACGACCGAUGUCGACAAAUAUAUGGACCUGGGGUGCAGGUUCUUGAAAAUAGUAUGAUCACUGAACAUAAGUAAAAGUCAUUUUGAUCAUCUUGUUAAACACUCAGUGCCUAUGAAUAUUAGUCUCUAUGAAUUCUUAGCAAUACAAAGUCAGAAUUUUUACAUAGAUAACCAGAGUUCUCUCAUUUACUAUUGAAAUACUGAAAAUAGUACUAACUCCUCCCUUGGCUGAUUUUUUUCUCUGUUGAAUCAUACCGAUAUAUAUCUUGAAACGGCGUCAUUAUCUUUUCUUGAAA